AUGCAGGAGUAUGAUAUCAUAGUGCUGGGAACUGGACUUAAGGAAUGCAUCCUUACUGGUUUAAUGUCCCAAAGUGGGAAAAAGGUUCUUCACAUUGACAAGAAUCCUUACUAUGGAGGAGAGAGUGCAUCUAUUUCUCCCCUUGAGGAGCUGUACAAGAAAUUCAAAGUUCGCUGUCCUUCUAAUUCGAUGGGCCGUGGAAAAGAGUGGAACGUUGACCUUAUCCCCAAAUUUUUUCUUGCCAAUGGUCAGCUGGUUAAAAUCUUGUUGCAUACUGAGGUCACUCGAUAUCUGGACUUCAGAGUGGUUGAUGGCAGCUACAUAUACAAAGCAGGCAAAGUUCACAAAGUCCCUGCCACAGAGGAAGAAGCCCAAGCUUCAGAUCUAUUGGGUAUGUUUGAUAAGAGAAGGUUCAAGAAGUUGCUGCUCUUUGCCCUCAACUUUGACGUGAAACAUCCUCGGACGUACCAGGACGUGAAUCCUGACAAAACAACCACAAGGGAGCUCUUCACUCGCUUCGAUCUUGGACAAGAUGUUAUGGAGUUCACAGCUCACGCCAUAGCCCUACACAGCACUGAGAGUUAUCUGGACCAGCCCUGUGUGGAGACCAUCAGACGGAUCAGGCUGUACUCUGAGUCUCUGGGUCGUCACAGCACCAGCCCGUACAUCUACCCUGUGUACGGGCUGGGAGAACUACCGCAGGGAUUUGCCAGACUGAGUGCAGAGUAUGGAGGAACUUUCCUGUUGAACAGAACAGUGGACGAGAUUGUGAUGGAAAACGGCAAAGUGACAGCUGUGAAAUCUGAGGGGAAGCUGUUCCAGUGUAAACAGCUGAUAUGUGAUCCCAUCUACGUUCCCAAUCGAGUGAAGAAAGUGGGUCGUGUCAUACGGGUCAUCUGUUUGCUAAAUCAUCCAGUAAAAAACACCCAUGAGGCCAAAUCGUGUCAAAUCAUCAUCCCGCAAGCACAACUCAACAGGAAGUCAGACAUUUUCAUAUCUGUAGUGUCCUAUGCUUACAAUGUGGCCUCAGAUGGGAUGUACAUCGCCACGGUGAGCACAACUGUAGAAACUAACAACCCAGAAAAAGAGGUGCAGCACGCCCUAGAGCUUCUCGAGCCCAUCAUGCAAAAGUUUGUUUCAGUCAGCAAUCAGUUUGUUCCCUAUGAAGAUGGAAAAAAGAGUCAGAUUUUUGUGUCUCGUUCUUAUGAUGCCACCGACCACUUUGAGACUGAAUGCGAGGACAUCAAGGACAUGUACCACCGGAUCACAGGAGCAGAGCUCUGCCUCGCGGCUUCAGAGAGACACCAGUCAUACAACUCUGACGAGGACUGA